AUGGGAAAAUUCGAGCUUUACAUUCCGGACAAGUUGUCCUUCCAGGACUAUAUCGCUGUCGUCCAAACCGCCCGCGCCUGGGCUGAUGGCUAUGACCUGAAGGAUUAUGACCAUCUUUUGGCCACACUAGCACCAGAAGUCAUCGUCGACUACACAAUAAUUGUUCCUUCCUGGGGGAGAAAGUCUCUCGCCACACAGCAUCUCUUGGGCCAGCCUUAUUUCAAGAGCGUACAGGAGAACGAAAUUAUUGUCAAAUGGCAACAGCUCGCUAGCCAUGGGCGAAGAGAGAACAGUGUUCGAGACUCGUCAAACAAGAUCGGCGAGACAAGUGACGGUCGGAGUUGGAUGGAACACGGUUUUAUCAAGGUGGAUGGACAGUGGAAGAUUGCCAGGAUUACACCUUCUCUGUCGUACCAGACAGGCGACUUUCAGCGUGUCAGACGCCUCGAAGGUGCUCCAUAG